AUGUCUCGGCAAAGCACUCAGCUGGUCAGCGGCUGGACCUUUAGGCAGCAUCAAGGUCCUUCGACGGAAUGGCUGCCGGUGGAAAAGGUGCCAACGCAGGUUCACACGGAUUUGCUGGCCAACAAAAAGAUUCCGGAUCCCUUUGUGGACCUGAAUGAACGAGCCGUUCAGUGGAUUGGCGACAAGGACUGGGAGUACAAAGUGACAAUUACCCCUGAUGCCGUGGAAGGUGAAAAUGUGACAAGAGACCUGGUAUUCAACGGUCUCGACACUUUUGCCACCGUCUAUCUCAAUGAUGAAAAACUGCUGGAGUCGGAGAAUAUGUUUGUCUCUUAUCGUGUAAAUGUCACAGACCGCAUCAGAGUCGGGUCGGAGAACACCCUCCGCAUCGUCUUUCACUCCGCCGUCGUCAGGGGUGAAGAGCUCAUCAAAGAGUACGGCCAUGAGCAUAAGUUCUACGUCCGACAGACUGAGAGAAGCCGUGUCCCGGUACGGAAAGCCCAGUACAACUGGGGUUGGGAUUGGGGCCCAAUUCUCAUGACAGCCGGACCUUGGAAACCCGUCACUCUCGAGACGUACGUUGCGAAAAUCGACGACGUCUGGGUUCAGAGCGAAGUCAGCCAGCAUCUUUCGUCUGUUUCCGGAUCCGUCCUCGCUCGGGUAGCUGGUGCUCCGAGCCAAGAUGCUCAAGUUUCGGUGACCCUGUCAUUAGAUGGCCAGACGGUGUUUCAACAGGCGGUAGAUGUUGCUUCGGCCAAAGAUGGACUGAUCAAGGUUCCGUUUAAGCUCGAGAAGCCCAAGCUUUGGUAUCCAAAGGGAUACGGAAGUCAGCCCCGUUACCAACUGGACGCCAAGCUCCACCACAAGGCUUCUAAUGCCAAAGAAAUCGACAGCCAAUCGAAACUGGUUGGGUUCCGACGAACCGAGUUAGUUCAAGAGCCGGAUGCUCACGGCAAAUCCUUUUAUUUCCGCAUAAACAACGUCGACGUGUUUGCUGGUGGCUCAUGUUGGAUCCCUGCCGAUAGCUAUCUCGCCGGGGUGCCCUCAGAGCGAUAUUACGAAUGGGCUAAGCUCAUGGCAGAGGGCAACCAAGUCAUGCUGCGAGUCUGGGGAGGUGGCGUUUACGAAGAGGAUGCUCUUAUCGAAGCUUGCGACGAGUUUGGUAUCUUGGUGUUCCACGACUUCCAGUUCGCUUGUGCAUCUUAUCCCGCCUACUCGUCCUAUCUGAAGACUCUGGAAGAGGAAGCGAGGCAGCAGAUCCAACGCCUGCGGACACACCCAUCCGUGAUCGCCUGGGCGGGCAAUAACGAGGACUACCAGGUCCAAGAGAGGUAUAAGCUCGACUAUGACUUUGACAACAAGGAUCCAGAAUCAUGGCUCAAGUCUUCGUUCCCUGCGCGGUAUAUUUAUGAGCACCUCCUGCCAACAUGGGUUGAGGAAGAAGAUCCAGGCAAGAUCUACCACCCUAGUAGUCCCUGGGGUGAUGGCAAGCCCACGGCCGACCCAACCGUUGGCGAUAUUCAUCAGUGGAACAUCUGGCACGGAGCCAUGAACAAAUACCAAGAGGCCGUCGGCAUGGGAGGCCGUUUCGUCAGUGAGUUUGGCAUGGAAGCAUAUCCUCAUCUUAGCACCACGCGUCGCAUGGCCAGCGACCCGGCGCAGCUCUACCCCGGCUCCAUGGUCCUCGAUGCCCACAACAAGGCCAUCGGCCACGAACGCCGCAUGAUCAGCUACGUCGUGGACAACUUCCGGCCCCGGCUCGAUCUCGGCGGCUACACUCACCUGACGCAAAUCGUCCAGUCAGAGACAAUGCGUGCCGCGUACAAGGCCUGGCGAAGACAAUGGGGCAAGCCCGGAGCCAGGCAAUGCGGCGGUGUCUUGGUGUGGCAGCUCAACGACUGCUGGCCGACCAUGUCGUGGGCCGUGGUGGACUACUACCUCAUCAAGAAGCCGGCCUACUACGCCAUCUCGCGGGCACUGCGUUCCGUCGACGUGGGCGUGCACAGGACGUUCCAUGACUGGACCCAGACGGGAGACUGGGUCGACAAGGACUCCGGCCUCGUCACCGGCCAGGUCGACCAGACCCUCCCAGCCCGCAAGGGAACCUUUGACGUCUGGGUCGUCAGCAACGACACCAAGCCCGUCGAGCUGAGCCUCGUCGUGCGCUUCGUCUCCGUCCGCUCAGGAAAGGACGUCGUCGACCCCAUCAAAUCCACAGUCACCGCCGCCGCAAACUCCACCACCGACAUCCUCCAGAGCAAGCCGCUCCCGCCGUCGAUCCCCAACCCGGAAGACCUCGCCAAGCCCUUCAACCUGGCCGAGUACGACCCCUACGUCGUGCACGCCACCAUCGCCGAUGCUUCCACCGGCGCCCUCGUCGCCCAGGAUACCGCCUGGCCCGAGCCCAUCAAGUUCCUCGACCUGUCUGAUCGGGGCAUCUCGUUUGAGGUUUCGCCCGCAAGGGACGAGGUCGUCGUUUCGGCCGACAAGCCCGUCAAGGGACUCGUGUUUGAAGAGGUGGAGGGGUUGAAGCUGAGCGAUAACGGCUUCGAUAUCGUGCCGGGCGAGAAGCACGCUGUCAAGGUGGAGGGCGCUCUGAAAGCGGACCAGUUGCUGUGGACGUGUGUUGGAGCCCCUGAGGCGUCGUUGACGAUUUCUGGAGCAUCUUCCUCGCUGCCCCUUCGAUAG